AGGAAAGAGAAACUCAGAUUCAUAAGGAGUUUGAGGUUUGGGAGAUAUUUCUCUGAGAAAGGAAAUGAGAGAACAGAGAAAGAAGUGAGUUUAAAGGUUUUCUUGACUUACAAUACAAGUUUUAGAAUGAAAAUCUCUUAAAUAUUCUUCAAAACUCGCGAAUUUUCGCUUGAGCGAAAAAAAUCAAACAAAAAUUACUAUUCUUUUGUUGAUAUUUUUGCUCAAACAAAAGUAUUUUUAAUUGAACGAAAAUACGACAGAGCUACCUAUCUAUCGUGAAUUUUUGCUCGAAGCGAUUGCUUGAGCAAGAGUAUAGAUGAGAAAAUCUAAUCUAUUCUUUUUGAACAAUUUUUUUUUUUUGAGUUAAAAGAAAUAUUCUUUUAUUCAUUUUUUUUUUUAGGAAUGUUACAUUUGUUCCUUAUAAAAGUUGCACAAACACUUAAUUAAGAUAUUUAAGUUUAAAUUGUACAAAUUCCUUAAAAUUAUAAUAAAUUAAAAUACAUAUUUAGUUUCUAUAUUUUAUAAAUUUAUGAAUUAAUUUUUAUACUUUUUUUUUUAAUUUAUGUACUUAAAAAAACUUAUGUGUUAGUUCUUUAAAACAACUGACGUUUAUUUCAUAUACUAAUAUUUUGUUAUGAUUUAAUUUUAUUUAUUGUAAUAAGAAGCAAAACAUAAAUUAUAAAUAUCGAAACGUAAUAAAAUACUUGUAUAAAAAUUAAAAUAUAACUUUUAAAUAUAAAAGAGAAUUUUACAAAACGUAAUUAAUUUUCUAUCCGAUUAAAAAAUUGGGUGGCACCACGGCGUUUUUAAACAAACAUGAAGGAUUCGAAGGCAAAAUUUGAAUCAUGAACUUUGUGUGCGUGGAAAAGGACACACUGUUCUUCAACACGAUUUUCAUUUUCACGGGAGCUAUUACUUGAGCUCCCGUGACCCAAAAUUUAGUUACUUGGCCCACUGUGUAUUCCGCUCCAAUUAUUAGCUGAAGCACGCUAUUCACAUGGCACAAAUUUAUUUUUUUUCUAUUCUACAAAGAUAGAAAGUGUCAUUUCCAGCUGUAAAUGUCGUUAUACAAUUUAAUUUCACCUACAUAUUUUUAUUUGUUAAAGAUAUCAAUUGAAAAAUAAUAUUUAAAAUUACGCUAAAAAAAAAAGCAAAUAUCUUUCUUCAAUAGUAAAAUGAUAAAAAAUUUAAGAAUAUAAGUAAAAACUCAUACAAUAUUUUUAAUGCAAACAUGUAACAUUUUUAUUAAAAUGUUGUAUUUAUAAUUUUUGAACUAGUAUCUAUAAUCAUCACAUAAAUAAUUAUUUUCAUGAGUGCUAAUGAUUUAUUACUUAUUAUUAGUGGAAGUAAUUUGAAUCAAUCUAUGUCUAAAAUCUAUUAUAUACCCAAAAAGAGUUGUGUAAGAAAUUUAAUCACUUAGUCCGUCUAUUAAAUAUUUAAUAUCAGAUCUUGAUAUUAAAAUAGCACUCAUAAGUAAAAUGAAAUGAAAUAUUUUUGUUAAUUCUUAUUGCAUUAUAUUUUAUUUUAAAUAAUUGAAAUUGUAAUACUAUGACUAUUUUACUUUGUUUCAUUUCAUUCAUAUUCCAAUAAUUUGUUACCAUAAGGGAAAAAAAAAAAAGAUAAGCGAGCUUACGAUGAAAAGUAACUGAAAAAAAUGAACAUAAAAAAAUUGUUACAACAAUUUGUUACGUUAAUAAUUGUAUUAUGUAAAAAUUUAGCUGCAAGUGACCAUGGAUGUCUAUAAAUACAACCUCUUCUUUCUAAAACUCUGCACAUCGAGCCUCACCAUUGAAUAACGCAGAGUCUUCUGAUAAGUAACCAACGAAAUGAAGGGCACUACCAUAUUUGCUCUCUUCCUUUUCUCUUCUGCCUUCUUCUACCAACCUUGGGCCACUGCUGGUUUUGUGUUCGACACGGACGGUGAACCACUUAAAAAUGGUGGCACAUACCAUAUAUUUCCGGCUAUAUGGGCAAUAGGCGGGGGCAUAGGAACUGCCGAAACUGGAGAUGAAACAUGCCCUCUAUCUGUUGUAGUAGAGGGCAGUGAGUUGUCUCCAGGACAACAAAUAAGAAUUUCAAGCCCUCUCAAGAUUGCAUUUAUCAAAACUAACAUGCCUGUGGAGUUUGAAUUCACUGCUGGACCUGUUUGUGCCCCCAUUCCAUCAAAGUGGACUGUUGUCAAGGGUCUGCCGGAAGGAUCAGCUGUUAAAAUCGCUGAGUCUGCAGACUCCCUCACUGGUUGGUUUAGAAUUGAGACAAGUGAGUUUCGCGAAGCCUAUAAGCUUCUCUUCUGUGAAGCAAAAGCCGACACUUGUGAACAUGUUGGACUUGGCCCCGACAAGAGGUUGAUUCUGAAGGAAGAAUACCCGUUAGCCGUUGUUUUUAAGAAAUCUUCAAACGUUGUUGCUUAAGGAAGCAGCUAGCUGUGGAAAACUAUGUACUUUCUCGUAGCGAGAGAGAUGUAUAUGCUGUGUUGCGUUAUUAAAUAAAUAUAAAUCAUGUGUCUUUCUCGCUUUUAAA